UCCCAUUGGCCGUUGCGUUCUCACAAGGAUUUCUUGAAAGCCAUGUUUGCCGACUUUCACUCGUUGUAUCAGUUCCUACAUGAUAAUGGAUACUAUCAUACCGCUAUUGUUUUCGAAAAAGAACAUCGUCUAUUUGGACAUCCAUUUUCGGAACCAAAAGAAGAAAUAAAUGAACCUCAAGACUUUUCGUUGUGUACAUCCUGCAGAAGUAAUGUGGAAUCUUCCAAAAAAAGCUCUGUUGGUAGUUCUGUACAAGAAGUGUUGAAGCAUGAAAGUACAAAUGCAGUAACUCAUAGAAUCUGCAAGAGAUGUAGUCAUCAUACCCAUAUAUGGGAUCAACAUGGCAGCCUUUGGCAUCAGAAACGUUCCAGUAACAUGGAAAAAGGGUCAAGUCCCUAUAAGACAGGACGUUGUAGAUCAUUUCGUAAAGGAAAGAAUUUCAAGUCCUUAUCGUUUCCUUUAGAGACAACAUUUCAAGAUGCUGGAAAGCGGUUAUUGGAAAGAGUCAAUCGUUGGCCUUGUUCUAGUCGAGACCAAAAGUCAUCAACUUUACAAACUGCUAUAGAACAAAAGGCAUCCCAUAGUGUCUCAGGUGAAAAUGAAAUGGCAUUGUUGUUUCAACAAGGACGAGUAGAUAUGAAUUCUCAUACUUGUAAACAAUGGGAUAAGAGCGAUUCCUUUCACUCACUGCAUCAAUCUUCUUGUUCAGUUGGUCCUUGUAGUGAAAAGGAACAUUCUCAAAUGGAAUCCAAUAUGGUUGAUAAUCAUUUUCAAACUAUUUCUUUACUUAGUGACUCCCCUUUGGAUGAUUCCUUCAUGACAUUCCCUUUAUAUGAUGAUAGUACUUCUUCCGUUCUUGAACAAUCGACAGAUGACAUCGAAGCCAAUCAUUUCGUAAAAAAUUUCUCGAAUAUUUUUGACGAUUUGUUUUCCUUACAAGCCGAUGAGAAGGAGAAGGAAUAGAAAUCACUUCAUAUUAUUGUCUUGUCGUUGCGAUUGGAUCACUAAGAGAGAGAUUCUGCUGUGUAUUGUGUGCAUUGUGUGUAUGUGUGUGUGU